AUGGGCUUGGGCGCCUUUGCCAAUGCAGCCUCCACUGCGUGUGACUACGGCAGGAUUGCACGCAUUAAUAAGAGGCCAGUGACUAACAGGGAGAGGCAGAUCUGCGCCAGUACCGCCUUUGGCAUCAUGCUACAGACUGAGCUGUUGAUUGGCGCCCUGAAUGUGCCGGCCAACUGCGUUGCAAACAUUGCCGUCUUCAAUGGGGCGCUAUCCGUCCUGAUGCAGUCCACGCUGGCUGGUGAUGCGGUUUGCAACAAGAAGGGCAGCAUCGACACGCGGGUGAACAAGCAGAUCGCAAGGUUUGAGAAGAAGAAGGACAGGGCCAAGAUUGAGGCCACCCAGUUCUUGAAGCGUCAGGGCUAUGAUGUCGCGGUACUUCCACGACCUCCCGCCAUUUCAAACAGAGCGGUCUACAGCUCCAUCAACCGAUGCGUCUUCCAGACCAUCCUGGGAACCACUUUCGUCAUGAAGGCUGCCAUCCUGCUGGGUGAUUCAACCAUUCACUGCUACCCAGGAACCGACCUGCAGCGCGUUUGCGCUGUUGACAUCAUGGGUCUGUUCGCUGUUCUGUCCUUGGCGGUCCGAUUCCUUUCAUUCGCUGGGGACUCCUGCAUCGACAUCAUCGGCCGCACGGACGACACUGCUCUGUGUGUGGGCCUGUGGGCUGGCGUUCCUGGUGGUGUCCUGGGUAUGGCAGCAGCUGGAACCAAUCUGGAAGCUGCUUGCAAGACAGCCUUUGGAAAGUGGGUUCCAGAAGACUGGCCUUACGAAGGAGCGAACAUGUUGCCCUCGGAUGACUUUGCUGCGCUUGCUGAUGCAUGA